UACACAUUACCUGCAUCCCCUCAAGUCCUCAAGUCCUUAAGCCCUCUAGCCCCUUAUACUCCGCCUAACGUUGAGACAAAGUGAAUCAAGGGACCUUCGUCCCCUCAUUUCCGCCGUUAUAACCAGCCCGGAUGGGUUCGCCUCGAGCUCCUACACUUGUACAAUCGAGCACCAGCUGUCGGCGUUUUUCAGUUGUGUAAGGCUACUCCCGUGGGUUUCUGAAUAAUUUGUGCUGCCCAUUGUUAUUAUUUGUAUUACCUGGAUCCCGUUAUUCAGCACUUGCAGACUAGCCUCUUACCUGUUAAUGUCUUCGUCUCAAUCUUGUCCCCAAAGUUAGACACAGCAUAAAGCCUUGAUACCCCAAUUUGUUUGCGUUCGCCCACACAGUAUUUCUUACCAUUGUGUCUAUCCACGACGUGAUUUCCAUUUCCCUUAAACAUCUUGAGAAGCCCAACAAGAACACACAGAUCUUUGGCUAAUACAUGGAGAAUGGCGCACGGGUUCGAAAAGUUGGAACAGUUCUUUACUGGAUCAAGACGGAGGGGGCAAAAGAGGCAGAGGUCAACGCAGCAGCAACAGAAUGCAUCAAUACUCGCCGACCACCGCCCCUCACCUCCAAUGUUUCCAUCGCCGUCGUACCUUAGACCUACAUCCAUACAUAUGACACCAAGGGAGGCAGUUAUUGACGGACCGGAGUGCGACAUAAAUCGUUCUCAAAGCGUACCAACGAUACAAGAAGCAUUGGUCAAGUGGUCCUCGGUUGCCUCUAGUAUUACCAUUGUUAAUCGGCCCAGUCAAUCAGAUCCUCCGUCUUCCCCUUUGCGGCCCAACAGUAAGAGAUCGCCAACCAAACCACGCUCGUCCCGCUUUCGCUUCCCAGAAGAUUCAUUAUUCAGGAACAAGAGAUCAAUAGGUAGCCCGGAUGAUCGCGACCGGAUUAAUACAUCACGAGAGCAAUCACCGCAUUCACGUACCGUUGAAACAGGAUUGCUGGAUUGGACGCCAACUCAUAUAUCCCUGCUUUUCAAUCCACUGGAGUUUAAAGCUUCCUCCAAUCCCCAUCAGCCGGAACCUGAAAAUAAUACCAUAGGACCUUCAUUGCUUCCUUCCCCUGAUUUCGCACCAUCGAUGAUAUUACCAGAUAAUGGCAACUCUAUCGACAAUAUUAGCCUGCAAGCCGUUCCAUCCUGCUCUGUACAAAAGUUGACCUCAAACCUACAACAACGGUCUUCACAAUUCUAUGAAAGGGCAACAGCAGAGUGCAUCCCUGUUUUCGACGUUGAUAAGUUCAGUCGGAAGCCAGUGAUUCAUCGAUCCAUGUCUCUUAAUAGCCUUGCUCCUCGGCGUCCUAGAACGGCUGGUGCAGCAUUAACGAACGUCUCACUAUCUGAGAACGUCGGCAACUCCAAAAGCAGGCAUAGCUCGCGAGAAACAUGGGGUAGUAAGCUAGUGGAUCGUCCAUUUCGCAGCUCUCUCGCGAGUAAUAGUGAAUAUGUUCCACGUUCAAAGCUAAGAAGGUCCGCUAGUACAUCUACCCUCUCCAUUUCGGCGUCAAAGCCCUCGAAACAUGGCGUUCUUAAAGAGCCUACAUUCGAUGACUUCUUUGCUUUAAGUGAUGAUGAUAUUGCCGAAAACCAACCACUCACUCUUGACGUGCAUACCCCACCCACGUCCCUUCGCAAAGAUGUUCGCAACUCCUAUAGAAAGAGUCGUGUGUCAAAAAAUCCAAGUCCACGACAUAUUACGUUUAAGCCAGUUCAGGAAGAAAUAACUCCACCUACCACACCAACACGUUGCAAUCUUCUCGCACUUACGUAUUCGCCCACCAAUCCCCGAGACACUCUGGGAGCGCUUCGGGCUGCGGCACUCGCUAAGAAAUACGACUUUGCUGUUCUGUACGUACUAAGCCUCUGGCCUGUAGACGGUGACUCUCGUCUAGACAUCAUGGGUACUACCAUAACAAGCGGGCCUAAGACCGUUGAUAUGACGACCAAAGACAGGUUAGCUGCCUCUGCCAAGGUAACAAAUGUAAGUGGCCGUCUAUUGGCUGCAUAUGGUCUUAACGAAGUUCCAUCACCUUUUGAGAUCGUCACGGACACUCACCUCGCUGCGCUAAACUGCGAUUACUGGAACGAGUACCGAAAUGUCGAUGCGCGCCCCGAUGAUAUUUCUCGUGGGUGGAUCCGACCGUUCUACAGUGAAUACGCUCCUGUCUCAUCGUCACCAAAGGCAAGAGGCGGUCUCCCAGCUGACCAUCCUAAGAAUCGAGGUAUUGUGUUUGCAGCCUACUCAAAGCAGACAUUUAAUCCCGUCAUCCCCAUGAGGACUUCUGCGAAACAAGCGCUGCUUCUUCAACAGCUCUACCGUGAUGCAAAAGCGCUCGUUGAAACCUUGAUUGAGCCGCCAUCUGAGUUGAGAAAAUCACCGACAUCUCGUCAGGGUGCGAGAAAUUCGGUCGCGAAAGUUUAGUUGCGACGACGCAAUGGCUCUCUAGUCUAAUCAAGGUGCAUAGUGUAUCAUCAUCAUCUAGAGGAUCGACCUCAGCUCAGAGCUCACUCAGAUGUGGAAUAUAUCGGGGCAACAGCACAGCAGAUAUGGGCGACGAAGCGAUGCAUUUUUCCAAACGUUUUUUCAUGGCUUGUAUCCAACUAUAUACGUUAGCUUAUACGCAUGAAAAUCAUGCCCGAGUUGAAAUGAUCCAAUGUACGAAAAAGAUAUGACGAUGUGAUGAAUGGAUUUGAUGGGGAGGGCAUUACGCAGGAGUUUUUGAAAAUGUAUGAUUAUGAAUAACUACUCAGUAUUAAUAUGAGUAAGAAUCACUCACUAUG